UGCCGCGGCCCCGGCCGCUGCCCCAGCCUGAGCCGGAGCCGGAGCCGGAGCAGAGGCCGAGCCCUGCCCUGGUCGCCGGCCCUGGCCGAGGCCGCGCCGUGACGCCGCCGCCGGGCGCGGGGACCGCGCCGAGCCCAGGCCCCCACCGCUGGGCUCUCCGCUCGGCCGAGGGGCGCUGGAGCCGUCGCGGCGCUCGCCUGAAAAAAGUUUCCCCGCCUGGGCUCCCUAGGAUCCGCCAGUCCUCGCUCUCUUGAGCCCACCAGUCUCGGCCCCAUGCCCCCGCCAGUUAACUCCGGGCUACAGGCAGUGAGCAGGCACGUGGGAGCUGAGGCCCUGUGACCAGGCCACAGAAACGGGAGCUCGGGGUUCCGGCCACCUGCACCCCCAUGGAGCUGAGGCCCUGGUUGCUAUGGAUGGUGGCAGCAGCAGGAACCUUGGUCCUGCUGGCAGCUAAGGCCCAGGGCCAGAAAGUCUUCACCAACACAUGGGCUGUGUGCAUCCCUGGGGGCCCAGCAGUAGCCAACAGUGUGGCACAAAAGCAUGGAUUCCUCAACUUAGGCCAGAUCUUCGGUGACUAUUACCACUUCUGGCAUCGAGCAGUGACAAAGCGGUCUCUGUCGCCUCACCGCCUGCGGCACAGCCGUCUGCAGAGGGAACCUCAAGUACAGUGGUUAGAGCAACAGGUGGCCAAGCGACGGACCAAACGGGAUGUGUACCAGGAGCCCACGGACCCCAAGUUCCCCCAGCAGUGGUACCUGUCUGGUGUCACUCAGCGGGACCUGAAUGUGAAGGAGGCCUGGGCUCAGGGCUACACAGGGCGUGGCAUUGUGGUCUCCAUCCUGGACGACGGCAUUGAGAAAAACCACCCAGACUUGGCAGGCAACUAUGAUCCUGGAGCCAGUUUUGAUGUCAACGACCAAGACCCUGACCCCCAGCCUCGGUACACACAGAUGAAUGACAACAGGCAUGGCACACGGUGUGCAGGUGAAGUGGCUGCAGUGGCCAACAAUGGUGUCUGUGGUGUAGGCGUGGCCUAUAACGCCCACAUCGGAGGGGUUCGCAUGCUGGAUGGCGAGGUGACCGAUGCGGUGGAGGCCCGCUCUCUGGGCCUGAACCCCAACCACAUCCACAUCUACAGUGCCAGCUGGGGCCCUGAGGACGAUGGCAAGACAGUGGACGGGCCAGCACGCCUUGCCGAGGAGGCCUUCUUCCGGGGGGUUAGUCAGGGCCGAGGGGGGCUGGGCUCCAUCUUUGUCUGGGCCUCAGGGAACGGGGGCCGGGAACACGACAGCUGCAACUGUGAUGGCUACACCAACAGUAUCUACACGCUGUCCAUUAGCAGUGCCACACAGUUUGGCAAUGUGCCCUGGUACAGUGAGGCCUGCUCGUCCACCCUGGCCACAACCUACAGCAGUGGCAACCAGAACGAGAAGCAGAUUGUGACCACUGACUUGCGGCAGAAGUGCACAGAGUCUCACACGGGUACCUCAGCCUCUGCCCCCUUGGCAGCUGGCAUCAUUGCUCUCACUCUGGAGGCCAAUAAGAACCUCACUUGGCGGGACAUGCAGCACCUGGUGGUACAGACCUCAAAGCCAGCCCACCUUAAUGCUAAUGACUGGGCCACCAAUGGUGUGGGCCGUAAAGUGAGUCACUCAUACGGCUACGGGCUGUUGGACGCAGGUGCCAUGGUAGCUCUGGCCCAGAACUGGACAACAGUGGCCCCCCAGCGGAAGUGCAUCUUGGACAUCCUCACAGAGCCCAAGGACAUUGGGAAACGGUUGGAGGUGCGAAGAACUGUGACAGCAUGCCUGGGUGGACCCAACCACAUCACAAAGCUGGAGCAUGCACAGGCACGGCUUACCCUGUCCUACAAUCGCCGUGGUGACCUGGCCAUCCACCUGGUUAGCCCCAUGGGCACCCGUUCCACCCUGCUGGCCGCCAGGCCACAUGACUACUCUGCAGAUGGGUUUAAUGACUGGGCCUUCAUGACAACCCAUUCUUGGGAUGAGGACCCCUCUGGCGAGUGGGUCCUGGAGAUUGAAAACACCAGUGAAGCCAACAACUAUGGGACACUGACCAAGUUCACCCUUGUGCUCUAUGGCACAGCCCCUGAGGGGCUGCCAGCACCUCCUGAGAGCAGUGGCUGCAAGACCCUUACGUCCAGCCAGGCCUGCGUGGUAUGCGAGGAAGGCUUCUCCCUGCACCAGAAGAGUUGUGUCCAGCACUGCCCAUCAGGCUUCACUCCCCAAGUUGUGGACACACACUACAGCACUGAGAAUGAUGUGGAGACCAUCCGGGCCAGUGUCUGUGCCCCCUGCCAUGCCUCAUGUGCCACCUGCCAGGGGCCAGCCCCCACAGACUGCCUCAGCUGCCCCAGCCACGCCUCCCUGGACCCUGUGGAGCAGACCUGCUCCCGGCAGAGCCAGAGUAGCCGUGAGUCUCCACCACAGCAGCAGCUACCCCAGCCACCCCCGGAGGUGGAGACAGAGCCACAGCUGAGGGCAGGGCUGCUGCCCUCACACCUGCCUGAGGUGGUGGCCGGCCUCAGCUGCGCCUUCAUUGUGCUGGUCUUCGUCACCAUCUUCCUGGUCCUGCAGCUGCGUUCAGGCUUCAGCUUCCGGGGGGUGAAGGUGUACACCAUGGACCGUGGCCUCAUCUCUUACAAGGGGCUGCCCCCUGAAGCCUGGCAGGAGGAGUGCCCAUCUGACUCAGAUGAAGAUGAGGGCCGGGGCGAGAGGACCGCCUUUAUCAAAGACCAGAGCGCCCUUUGACGAGCCCACUGCCCACCCCCUCAAGCUAAUUCCCUCCUUGGGCACUUUUUAAUUCACCAAAGUAUUUUUUUAUCUUGGGACCGGGUUUGGACUCCAGCUGGGUGGCAUGAGGGGCAGAGGCUGCUUCUUGCCCUACCCUUGGGCCCACCUGGCUGCCUGAGGUGGGUCACAGGACCAGCUGUAGGGAGGUCCUCACUCUCAGCCCCCAUGUGGAGAAAGGAGUGACCCCUUUAGGGCAGCUCUCCAAGGCCUGGGCCCUGGCCAGAGUAUGUGAAGAGGGGCAGCCCUUUCCAGGAUUCCUGACCCAGGCUGCAGCUCUUUCCCCUUCCCUGUCCCUCUAAAGCAAUAAUGGUCCCCAUCCAGGCAGCAGAGAGGCUGGCCUAGGAGGUAUUCAAAGGAGGUGGCCACCUCUUCAAGGGCUUUUGAGUCCCUGACCCUAUCCCCCACUUCUGGUGAGCCUCGUCAGAAGCAGUGAUCAUAGGAAGGGACCAAGGCAAGGCAGGUGCUUCCAGCUGUGCACGUGUGCGUGUCUUUCUGUUUCUGACUCGAGCUAGGCUGGCCCAGCCAAGGCUGGAGCUCUGGCUGCACCCAUGCUGCGUCCCGACCUCCCUCCUCUCUUUUGUACCCUUCCCUCCCACCAGGGCCCAAGUCCCUGUUUUCUGAGCCCGGGGCUGCCUGGGCUGUUGGCACUCACAGUCCUGGAGCCCCUGGGUGGGUGGUGGGGAGGGACGGUGGCCCAGCCAGCCUCUCCCGCUUCCCACCCAAUGCUGCUUUCCCCUGUGGGGAUCUCAGGGGCUGUUUGAGGAUAUAUUUUCACUUUGUGAUUAUUUCACUUUAGAUGCUGAUGAUUUUUUUUUUUUUGUAUUUUUAACGGGGGUAGCAGCUGGACCACCCACCUUCUCAUACCCACUGUCCACUCUGCUCCUCCUCUGGCUGCCCUGGCCCUGGGGUGUGGGGCAGUAGCAUGUUGCUGAGGAGUGAGGAGCAGCUGAGCCCCACCUCCUGAAAGGCAGGCCAGAUAGGUGGACUUGAGGAAGGAGGGGUCAGGUGAGAGGGGCAGACUGACAUCCGUGUUUCAUGUGGGGCUCACCGUGCCAAGGGCUCAUGGGUCACUGGCUCUCCAAGUGCCAGGGGUGGGCAGGUGGUGGCACUGAGCCCUUCCAACACUGUGCCCUGGUGGAGAAAGCACUGACCUGCCGUGCCCCCACAUCCCCUCUUCUGACGUGCCUUUUGCACCCCUCCCAUUAGGACAAUCAGUCCCCUCCCAUCUGGGAGCACCUUUCUUGUCCUCUUUCCUAGCCAGUUCCCAGUACCUGGCCACUUGCCCAGGGGUGCCCCCUCCUCUCCCAUCCUCCACCCCAUCGUGGCCAGCCCAGCUGGUUUUGUAAGAUACUGGGUUGGUGCACGAUGUUUUUUUUCUUGUAAUUUAAACAGGCCCAGUAUUGUUGCUUCUAUUUAAUGGACACGAAAUAAUGUUAGAGGUUUUAAAGUGAUUAAACGUGCAGACUAUGCAAAUCAAGCCUGGCA